CAUGUGACUCCCCUCUCUCUCCUCUGUCCCCUCUCUCUCUGUCCCCCCUCCCCCCCACGGUUCGCCCAUUAAACCUAAAUCUCAAUCUCAAUCUCGCCCUCACACUCACACUCCAUACAAUACAUUCUCUCUCUGACUAUCUUCUUCCAUGGCUUCUCCAGCUCUGUUCUCCAAACUCACUCUACUGGUUUCUCUUUUGAUGUAUCUGAGUCUAAGCCGCAACGUGGGCGGUGCAGAGAUGGACAAAACGAGCCUGAAGCUGAUGUCUGAUGCUCUGGAAUGGCCCACCACAAUGUCGGUCCACGAUGAGCUGGAGGACGCUGGAGAAGAUGCCAUGGACGGUGGUUUUAGCCGGAGAUCUCUGUACUGGCACAGAAUGAGGUACUACAUCUCCUACGGUGCGCUCUCGGCCAACAGAAUCCCCUGCCCUCCACGCUCCGGCCGAUCUUACUAUACUCACAACUGUUUCAAGGCGAGAGGCCCAGUUCACCCUUACUCCAGAGGUUGCUCUGCCAUCACGCGUUGCAGAAGAUGAAUCGCUUCUUUGAUAUCUUGCUUAUAAAGUUGCUUUCUUUGUGAUAAUAUGAUAUCGUAGUGAUUAUUAGUGUGUGCGUGUCGCGAUUAUCUGUGUUUUGAGGUUAGAUUAUGAGAUGGAUUCGUGGAGUUUGUAGCAAUAACAUGGACUCGUUGCUGCAGAAAUGGGAGUGCCCUUCUUGUGUGAUCACCAAUUUAUUCCUUUGUAUAAAUUAUUGUAAAACUUUCAAGUCUAUCAGAUUAUACUAUAGUGUGAUUGUUCCUCGUUAA